AAUUAUCAAAACGACACAGCAUUUAGGGUUUUUACGCAAAUUCUCACUUCACUCACUCUUUCAAUUACAAUAAGCUUCUUCUGUUUCUUCAAUUUCCAUAUUCAUCGCAUAAUCUUAUAACUUCUUCAUCCAAUUUAUUCACUUCAAAUAAUUUAAUCAUUUUUCUACAUAGUUGAAACACUCUCUUCUUAAUUCAAUACGAUAAUGGCGGAGGAGCAUGAUAAUGGCGCGAAUGUAAGCGAAGAUGAACCCUUAGUUGGACCCGGUCCAGCUCCUCGUGCUCGACCCAAACGACCUCUUCAAUUCGAACAAGCUUAUCUCGAUGCUUUACCUUCCGCUAAUAUGUACGAGAAAAGCUAUAUGCAUCGUGAUGUCGUUACGCAUGUUGCUGUUUCGUCUGCAGAGUUUUUCAUUACUGGAAGUGCAGAUGGGCAUUUGAAGUUUUGGAAGAAAAGGCCUAUUGGUAUUGAGUUUGCAAAACACUUUAGAUCUCAUCUUGGUCCUAUUGAAGGUCUAGCUGUUAGUAUUGAUGGUCUGCUUUGCUGUACAAUAUCAAAUGACCGUUCUGUAAAAGUAUACGAUGUAGUCAACUUUGAUAUGAUGGUGAUGAUUCGGUUGCCAUACAUUCCUGGUGCUAUUGAAUGGGUUUAUAAUCAAGGGGAUGUCAAAGCUAGGCUUGCUAUUAGCGAUAGGAACUCAUCUUUUGUUCACAUCUAUGAUGCACGAUCUGGUUCAAAUGAUCCAAUCAUCUCCAAAGAGAUUCAUAUGGGUCCUAUUAAAGUUAUGAAGUUCAACCCUGUGUAUGAUACUGUAAUUUCGGCAGAUACAAGGGGUAUCAUCGAAUACUGGAACCCAACAACACUCCAGUUCCCGGAGGAUGAGGUGAGUUUUAAGGUUAGAAGCGAUACUAACCUCUUUGAAAUAGUAAAAUGCAAGACAUCUGUUUCGUCUAUUGAGGUCAGCCCAGAUGGUCAACAAUUUUCCGUUACAUCACCUGACCGUAGGAUACGCGUGUUUUGGUUCAGAACGGGUAAACUGAGGCGUGUUUAUGAUGAAUCCUUGGAGGUUGCUCAAGAUCUCCAAAGAAGCGAUGCUCCAUUAUAUCGAUUGGAAGCCAUUGAUUUCGGUCGAAGAAUGGCUGUUGAGAGAGAAAUAGAGAAGACAGAAAGUGCACCACAACCAAAUGCGGUUUUUGAUGAUAGUUCCAACUUUCUUAUAUAUGCAACCUUGCUUGGGAUUAAAGUUGUUAAUUUGCACACCAAUAAAGUUGCUCGAAUACUUGGAAAAGUGGAGAAUAAUGAUAGGUUCUUAAGAAUAGCUUUAUAUCAUGGUGAACGAAGCAGCAAAAAAGUAAGAAAGAUUCCUUCAGUAGCUGCGAAUGCAAAUGAGAGCAAAGAGCCCUUGACAGAUCCCACUCUCCUAUGCUGUGCUUUCAAAAAGCACAGGAUAUAUUUAUUCAGUCGAAGAGAGCCUGAGGAGCCUGAAGAUGCAACUAAGGGAAGAGAUGUGUUCAAUGAAAAGCCUCCCGCUGAUGAACUUUUGGCAGUUUCAGAUAUUGGAAAGUCACUUACAACAUCACUUCCUGACAAUGUGAUUAUGCACACCACUAUGGGUGAUAUUCACAUGAAGUUAUACCCAGAGGAAUGUCCAAAAUCUGUGGAAAACUUUACAACUCACUGCAAAAACGGCUACUAUGACAAUCUUAUUUUUCACAGGGUCAUCAAAGGCUUCAUGAUACAAACAGGAGAUCCUUUAGGAGACGGCACUGGUGGGCAAUCCAUUUGGGGAAGAGAAUUUGAAGAUGAAUUUCACAAAAGUUUAAGGCAUGAUAGGCCUUUCACAUUGUCAAUGGCAAACGCGGGGCCAAAUACCAAUGGUUCUCAGUUUUUUAUCACCACAGUGGCUACUCCAUGGCUGGACAACAAGCACACCGUAUUUGGUAGAGUUGUGAAGGGAAUGGAUGUUGUCCAGGCUAUUGAAAAAGUGAAGACAGACAAGACAGAUAAGCCAUAUCAAGAUGUUAAAAUUUUAAAUGUCACUGUACCAAAGUCUUGAAGGUCUUUGGUUUUUAUGAGUGGUACAGUCGGUCUUGUAUAUUGGACUGGCCAUACGUUGGUGAAGCACUAACAGGAUAAAUUUUUAACUUCCUUCAGAUCUAUCAACCUUCAAUUUCACAGGUUUUGUAUGAACGUGGCAAUUAACUAUUCUUCGUGUGCAGUGCAGCACCUUCAUUUUUGAACUGUUUCUGUCACAGAUGCCCUCUUCCCGUUAUCUUAACCUUUGUUACAAGCGUUACGAAGCUGUAUUGUUUUCUGCUGUCAGUGAAAUGUACUUUGAAUUCUAAA